AUGCAAGCGGUGAUCGCCUUGUGCCAUUUCUGCGAGAACCACGGUCCGCGGGUCGUCAUGACGUGCCAGCCGAUGCGCGACAUGGACCUUCCGGCGACGUCGCUGUCGCCUUCGACGAGCUCAGCGCCUGACGGUCCCACAAUUCCCGUUGCUCAAGUUAGCAGUUUUAGAUGAUUGAUAUUAGGAAAAAGUUUACACUUUUUGAAGGUUUUUGAAAAUAAAGUCUCGAAUAAGAAUAAAUAUUUGCAACCUGAGGCCAUAUGUGUAAAGGACGGUUUUCACGAUGAUGUUUUUUUUUGAUUUUCACGAUGAUGUUUUGUUUUGAAAUUGAUAAGCUUAAGAUGGCCCUGGUGGUCAAACAUUGAGUUUUCUAUAUGUUUGAAAGGUUUAUGUGUGUUCAUAAUUUUGUUGCUAACUUUUAAGUUUGCAACAGUAAACCGAAUUUCUAAUUGGCUCGCGCUGUCUCAAAAUCGUAGAAAAGGGCGCGUCUGACCGAUCAAAAAUGUAAUUCGGUGUAGGGAACGUUCACAGCUGAAAAAAAAAAACGUGUUCUUGUAUUCAGUCUUUUUAGUCAAAUCAAUAUGACUCUGUGUUUUUUUAGAGAUGGGAAAAUUAUGAGCUAGUAAAAAACUAACUGAAUGAAUAAAUAUUUUCGAGCCGAGAAAAGAAAUCUACUAUCAACAUGAAUGAUCCUCUAUAGAACGGCAUCUUAAUUUCCAAUAUUUUCUAGGAUCCGGAUUAAAUCUGAUUUCAAUUUUCGAACAUUAUCUUAACUUUUCAGAUACAAAGAAAUAGUGAACUGUCACAGAGAUUCCGAGAAGGAUUGCCACUUUUCUACGGCGAUUGCCGGCGUUCUGUCAUGGACACCGAAGACAGGUAAUCUUUUCGAAGAUUUUUCUCGUAAAAAAGGUUUUUUUUCAGGUGUAAAGCAUGUACAUCGUUUGGCAAUGGUCCAUGUUUAUUAUCAAACGAUCAUCCUAAUAAAACGAGUUAUAUAUCUUCGGAGGUUUUUUCUUUUUUUUUGUUGUUGUCUGAAAUAGUUGUUUCCUUUUUUCGGGUAAAAAUGAAGAUAAAAACUUGAGGAGCGAAAUUGUAAUAAUGGUUUUCUUGCUAAGGGAAGUCAGAUAAUCAAUCUCUGUUCGAACCUCGGUAAUGAGAACCGGACGUGCUCCGGUCGUUUCUGAGCUGUUCUAGGGAAUCAUUUAAGAGUGCUGACGCUACUAAAGUGGUCACUAGGAAUGCUUCGGCACGUCCGAUUCGCGUUGCUGAGGUCCGAGCCAUACAUCGGAUCCCAUCCCGGGGUGCGGCCUACCCCCCUCAAACUGAUGCUUACAUUCCAAAAAGUACAGCCUAAAUAUCUCAAUACAUUUUCAAAUUUUCUCUUUGCGCGCGUUUCAAAUCCAUUCGUGAUGUUGCACUCAAAACGCCGAUUUUCGCGAGAAACGCGAGUUUAAACGAGAGCGUCGAAAAUAUGUGAGAAAAUAAAGCUUUUAUUUCCUCCAACUAAAAAAUUACCAGGAACAAAUAAACAUUUACUGUUUGAUACUUGGAAAAGAAAAUUCACUUUUAAGGUUACUUUGCUCUACUACGACAGAUCUCUUUUUUUCAGUAGAGAUUUCAGAUCGCAUUCCACGAUAGAGUUUAUGACCGAGUGAAAAGCGCCUGUCUGAGAUCUUUGAGUUGCGAAGUCUCAGCACCACAGAAGAAUUCCCAGCAAAAAAGAAGAGAAACUGUUUCUAUAAAUUCUCAGCGUAAGCGGAUUUUUUAUUAAACAUUUUCUUUUUUCAAUUUAUUCCUUUGGUUUUUUGUAAUUUGUAAGGUUAGAAAAAUUAAAUUAAGAAAUGGUUCUAAAAUUUCAUUAUCGGAUAUCAUAUUCGAUGGGAGCAAUCACCCUAAAUACUUCCUCGUUUCGAUAUACUGUUUUUAACUUCUGUAAAAAAAUACGUUCAAUUCUUUUUCAAAAAAAUUUUUGUAGAAAAACAGAUCGAACUUUGGAGUUUUUUUCUGUGAUUUUUGAUUGAAUUGUUUUUUUAUAAAAUAACAGUUUGAUUGAAAAAAACAUCAAAAAAAUUCCAAUCGAUUGAAAAAAAACCGCCGUUUCAUUUUCAUUUAUAUUUUUACGAAGUAUUUCUUAUUUCAGCGAUUUUGAUUUCGCCAGUAAAUUGCGAUAUAAUUUUCGAGCGUUCCCCCGAUGAAGCGGAUGGGAAUAUGAUUUUUGGCGAUAACGACAAUGGAUUUUGCUUUUCACACACUUUUCGGUACUUUGAUAGAUAUUCCGCUGGAAGCCAUAUCGAUUUCAUUAGGUUACAAGACGCAAAAGCUCGAGGGAGACUGCGACUGUUUUCGCUGAACGUCGUGAGCAACGACUUGACCUUACUCACCAGUCACUUUGAGUUUCUCCGUCGAGCCCUGACGACAAUCAAAGAACAACUUCAGGUUUUUCUCGGAGUUUCAAUUAAAAAAAGAAUAAACGUGUUCGUCAUUUUUUUUUUUCUUUUAUAGAUAUAAAUAUCUGUACUAGUUGUCUGACUCUCCAAAAACUAGUUAUCUUUUUUGCUCUCUGACGGCUAUUUUGAAUUUCGCGGAAUCACUUUAAGCACUGCAUCAUUUCUGGCCUUUUUCAGCGUGUAAAUUUUUUUUCUUUGGGCUCAUAUGACUUCUUCAAAAUGGCACUAUGUUUUUUUGGGAUUAUCGUCCUCAUUUCGGUUCUAGAGUCUUUAUGAUUAAAAAAAAGAUACUCAAUUUCUUACAAUGCAGGAUGAGAAAUUUCAUGUUAUCACAGUUUUUCAUAUUUAGCGGCGCAUAACUUUUGAGUCUGAUAAAGAUUUCAAGCUCAAAUUGGUGCUGUCCUUUUUACACUAUAUCCGAAAACCCUUGCGAAAAGGAAGAGCUUGGCCUGUUAACAAACCUUGUACCGAUGAUAAGCAACUUUCAGUGUUGUUUUAGUGGAUAAAAGUCUUUAUAUACCUUCAAGAUUUUCAUCAGGGAUUUUUGAACGGUUUAUAUCGAACCUUCGGGGGAUACACAUUUUAAUCACUUCGAAAAGAACGUUUUUUUUUCGAAAAGAAAGAGAAAACUUACAGGGAAUGGCAUCGUUGACUUAUGCGAGGGAAACUUCGACUGAGAUCCGGCCCGAGCACGGUAGCAUCGUCUGUCGGAUGGCGCAAUUCCGACGAGAGGUCCUUGGCCUAUUCCUUUUUCCUUUUUCUUUCAUUUCGAACUAAUAAAUCAAGCCUCGUCCAAUUAUUUCCAUUUUUUUUUCUUGAUUCCAGAUCGCCAUCGACACGGGUCGCAAUUUAGAAACGAUAACGGGAAAUGACAAUAUUUGGACUACGCUCCAUCGGUUCGUUUAGUUUUUUUUUUCUUUUUAACCAAGUAGAGAUUGCGAUUCUUCAAAUAUCCAUAACUCCCCUCCUUUUUUGUAGGAGUUUGUUAAUUAAAAAAAAUGACUUUGUCCGGUUUUUUCGAUAAAAAAAAACGGAAUGUUAUACGAAUAGUUUUCGAUUUUUUUUUUAUAAAAGCCUCGAAAUCUAAAAAUAAAAGACGAUUCUCCUCAUUUUAUAUCGUACUUCCUAAGGACUUAAUUUCGCAAUCUGGAAAAAUAUCAAUCAGUUAUUUUUCUGCAUAGUUUAUUAAUAAUACAUAACUAUCGGUUUCUCAGGUCUUCGUGGAUUAGGCUUAACAUAUUGCCGCUUUCGUCAAUGCUUUUUUUCUUCUGUUUUUGGAAACAAGACAGGAAGCUCUUUGGUAGCUUUUUUGCCGUUACAGUAAGAAUGAGGACUCUUCUGCCUAUUGGGAAUAAGGAUUACGAUUAAUAAUGGAGAAAAAACCCCUCAGGGAACAUCUAUUGAAACCAUAAAACGAAUUUUUUAAAGUCUUUUUUUUUUUAAUUUCUUCUGUCAACUCACUAAUGAUUUACAGCACCCAACAAUUUUUUCUGAACGUAGUUCAACAUCUUUUUUUUUAUUUUUGCUUCCUACAAGAUAUAAAGAAAAAUAUCGAUUUGAAUUAUCAAUUUUUUUAAGAAAAAUUCCGAGGCUCACCAGAGACGCUUUAAACUAAAAAGCGCAAAUGAAGUAACGUUCGAGACAGGACCUUUUUUGUUGCGUUAACUCUCAGCAAGCGUGUCUGAGCGAACUAUAUUCUCAAUAUUGCCGAUUCCCCGAUUCGCAAGCCAAAUGCGAAAUUGAGCAGUUGAAAAAGCAAUGACUCGCGUUUUUGAUUGGUUGGAGGUAAUUGCUGGGCCGGAAAACUACAAACGACCGCAGGCAAAACUGACAUUGAGGCGGCGGCGGCGGCCAUAACUGUCGUGUAAUUGACAUGUACGUGAGCGGAAGUUCGAGGAACCCGGCGGCCGUCGACAGAAAACGUUGGUUUUCCACGCGGCCCAAGCAAGAACGAAUUGAAAUGUGAUCCUCUCGGGGGCGCUCUUAGAAUUGGUUUGUUUGCGGCCGUUGUUGUGAUACUGCCCCGACCUCCUCGCCACGUCUUUUCUUAUUCGAAAUUCGCUUUUUUUUUCGGACUAGUUUUUUUUUCUCCGCCGGCACCUGGUCCCUCCUUCUCUCUAACUUUUUUUUUGCUGUGCAAAAGACGAUUAAACGUGGGGAAAAUGUAUUAAUUGGCUCCCUUUUUGUCUGUAUUUUUAACUAGAAGCCCUAUACUAGUUGCUGAGAUAAUGGGUGAAGUAUUGGGGAAGUCGAAAGGCAAGGCUUCCUAUUGGGAAGACUCACGCUUUGAUGCGCAUGAGCGCCGCUUCCAAGGAAACAAGAAGAUUUUGCGCAAACAGUAUUCGAAAUGUCAGAAUAAAUAGGAAAAUUUUUGGUCAAGGUGUAAAGUAUCUUAUUAUUAUCUCAUAUCAUCAGGUAGAAAAUAAUGAAACCUUUUUUUUUCGAAAGUUUUUCGAAAUGUGAAAUAAAUAGGAGACAAGACCAGUCGAAAAAUGACGUUUGAGUUUGAGGAAGGAAUUUCAAAAGUUUGAUUAAACUAAGCUUUUAUAAACUUCCUUUAAUUCAAUAGCGCUUAAAAUUCAACACCUUAUUGUUUUUUUUUUGUCGUCUUCUAAAGCCGUAGAAUGUUUGUACAGGUUGGCCAGGCGACGGCGUAACCCGUGUAGGUGCUUUCGGCUGUUUGAGAAUUGUGUGUUUUGGGGUAGUCUGAGUGGCCCAAUGUCUGAUCCUCGUCUCUUCUUUUGUUCUAUUUUUCUACCUGCGACCCGGGCGGAUAUGAACUCUGUCUAGCUUGUAACUACAAAAGUUAAAACUUUGUGAAUUUGGAAACUUACCGAAGAAAUUACUUGCAAAUGAAGCAGAAGAAGUUUUGCUCGAAAGUUUACCGUUCAAAAAUUGUUUGAGCUUUCCAGAAACGUCUGGUGAUCUUUUGAUAUUUUAGCGGGUUGAACAAGAAUGUCUAUCGAAAGUAAUAAAAGUGUGUACGAGUUCAUAUAAAAAUCUGAGCACUUUUGGGAAGCCUUACAUCAAUAAGAGUGCUUGCAUCUGUCUAUUUGUGACAAUCUAUACAAUCAACCUAGCUGAGUUUCAGUAAUGAGGGCAGAAAAAAAGUUUGGUGAGAUAAAUGUGCCAUUCUGUAGAGAAAAAAUAGUUUGAAGUUGCAGAGAAAAAAGAUGUCUAAUGUUACCGUGCGCCGCGUGACUACUUCAAGCAACUUUCUGUACAUCAGAGCGGAUUUCAAAGUUGAAAGGCGGAAAAAUUGUGUUUUUCUUUUAAAAAAAAAUACAUAUAUCAAUGAUUUUUACACGCAAUACGCAAUAAAAAGCUCAAAAAAAUACUUAUCUUACCUCAUAACUAGGGUCCGCAAGCCAUUUCUUCAAAACGAUCCAAAAAAUAUGUUUUUCACACUGUUCGAUAGAGGAGACCGUCCAUUUUCAUAAUCCGUUUAGUUUUUGAAAAAAGCUCCACUAACAAGGGCUGUGUGCGCGGUGAACAUCGAGUUAGAAAUUGAGGCUUAUAUGGUAGAUGGACCUAGGGGAGAGUGCUCCAAAACGAAAGAGAAAAUCUGCUAAGCGCCAUAGGGUACCGAGAAAAAGCUCGUCAAAGUUUCGCCGCCACGUAUAUGCCUGCGCUCCGAGUGCUCGGUCAGCAACUGGGAGCGUGGUGAAGUGGCAGUGUUCUUGAAUGGCGCUGGCGCUAUGCUAGGUUCGAUUCCUUUUGACGUCAAACUUUUUUUGCUUUUUUUUAUUCAAUUCUUCUACACUCUAUCAUCAAACAAAAACAGCAAGAAAAGUUUGAAAAAGUUCUAACAAUUGGUUCAUGGCUUUCGAGAUCACAACACGAUGGGAUCGAAACAAUAUAAGUGAAAAAUCACUCGUGAAAAAAAAAGAAACCAGGUACGAGUACGAGCCCGAAACAAAGGGAGACCUGUCAAAGUAAUUUCGCAUUCUUUAUGAAAUUCAAAAGUUUCGGUGAACAAUAGAACUAACCUUUUGGUAUGAGAGGGGCUUCAAAAAAGGGAAAAUAGAGUCGGUGGAAUUUUUGCGAUGAAAGAUUUCUAAACAGUAAAAAGAAAAAAAAACAUAUAAAGUGGUUGAAUGAGACCAGAGGAGCCAGGUGUGAUAUUAUUCACAAUUAUAAGUUUUUUACACGAGGUAUACAACCUUUUAUUGUAUUUUAUUGUGCUAUCAUCUCGAGAAGCCGCCCAAGCAUCUAUUAUUUGGACGAUUUUUCAGAAGUUUUCGAUGGAAAAACUAAAUUUGACGCAAAAAAAAAGUUUUUUUGUGCUUUCUCCUUUCUUCUUUCCCAAAUUUCAAUCAACUCCUUCAAUUCAAACUUUUUUUGCUGUUUUUGUUUGAUGACAGAUUGCAGAAGAAUUGAAUAAACAAGAGCAAAAAAGUUUGACGUCAAAAGGAAUCGAACCUAGCAUAACGUCAGCGCCAUUCAAGAACACUGCCACUUCACCACGCUCCCAGUUGCUGGUCGAGCACUCCGAGCGCGGGCAUAUACUUGGCGGCAAAACUUCGACGAGCUUUUUCUCGGUACCCUAUGGCGCUUGGCAGAUUUUCUCUUUCGUUUUGGAGCACUCUCCCCUAGGUCCAUCUACCAUAUAAGCCUCAAUUCCUAACUCGAUGUUCACCGCGCACACAACCCUUGUAAGAAAAAAGUUAUGACCAGAAAACUAGCGCGCGCGGCGUACAACUGGAGGCAAAAUCUCACGGUUUACCCGCUGCCGCACGCUUUCUUUUUAAUUGUUUUUGCGCGUUUCUGAACCGUUUUCGAAUCGGUUUUCUGUUCUGAGAGGUUGUCAGAACUGAGCUUAACGUUUUGGUAUAAAUCUUUUGUAUAACUCUCGUAAGAAUUUUUGAUAAAAUAUCAAAAAACUACUUAGAAAAAAGGUCAGAAGGAAUUUUCAACUUAUUUUCCUUUUUUCUAAUCAGAAAAAUUAUUAUCAUUCGAUUUGGAAGAAAGAAAAAAUGAAAAAUGAUGUUAUUUCGAAAUAAAACAGGAAAAAGUGCAAUUUGACUCCGAAAAACGGCUCCUGCAACAUUUAAAAUGGCGCAUCGGUGUGUUUGACGCAAACACAGCUACGAAUGCUUGCACGAAUUCUUCCAAAAUUUCAAAAAAAGUUGCCAUUUUUUCGAGGUUUUCAAAGCCGUUAUUUUUUUCGCGUCGUUAGAUUUUCAAAAAUUUUUACUCGAAAAAUAAAGAAAGUGUUAAUAUAUAACAUACUCAAAAUUUAGAAGCGUUCCUCACUUAGUUUUCUGAAACGCGACGAUUUUAUGAAAGUUGUCAGAUUUUUUUCGUGUGAAAUCUUACUUUUUUUCGCUUAUUUUUUUGAAAAAAAUACAUAGUUUUAAAAAAAUAUUCAGUCUUGUAGAGCGUUGUUGAUUACAUGGAUUAACAGAAACAGUUCAUUUUUAAAGUGGGACUUUAGCUAGUAUAAACGCCUCAAAACCGUUUUUGCAACAAAAAAAUCGUCAUUUUGGUGGCGUGAAGGGGCGGGGCUUUGCGCCCCCUACUCAUAACUUUCUUUUUACUCUUUACGUUGUCUAGCCGUGGAAAGAGCUCUAGUUUUUUUUCGAAUGGAAAACUUAAAAUCAAAAGUGUUUAUAUAUUUGAAAACCCUUGAAAUUGUUAAUAAGCGUAACGUGCAAAUUAAUUUGCUGGAUGGCGUCUGAUAUCGGUGUACGUCAUCCCUGUUGCGAUGACUUGCUUCGAAAUUCGAUUCGUUCAUUCCAUUUCGCGAAACUCGGCGCUCAACUUCGUCUGGAAAAUCUACGGGUUUAUAGUUUUUUUUUUUCAAGUCUAUUGUUCAAUUUUGGAGAUUUAUCUGUUUCUUAUUUGGCGAAUAUUUUCGCUUUGUUAAGUUCGUUUCUUAUUGGAUAGCAAUGUUCACGGAGAUGGGCAAGCCAUAUAAUGUAUGUUUUCUGGUAAAAGAAUUUUUUUCAAAGUCUGGCUAACUGGGAACCCAAUAAAACUAUUUUAUCUUUAAUUCUUGGAAAUAGUCAACUUUCAAAGUAGCUUUUCGUUGACUAUAUCUUUAAAUCAUUACUUUACAGGCAUGAAACAGAUUUAAAUAGAACAAGUUUUGACAAAAGUUCGAUGAGCAAAAAAUUGACGUCCAUCUUUUUUGUGUCCUCAGAGAACCUGAAAUGAAGGAAACUCGAUACGCAGACGAAACUCCAAAAAAAUAACUUUUCUUUCAGCAUACACGAAUUAGCUUUGUGAGAAUAAAAUAAUUUCAAUUUCAACUCAAAAUGAAAUAGAAAAGAAAUAUCGUAGAUGCUAUCAAUUAGGGAGACCAGCUCAAAACGCAAGCUAUUCUCAGUUUCCAAUUAAAUGCCUAGAAAUUUCUCCCUUUGCACACUUUUUCCAGAAAGUAUGGGUUUCAAUUAGAGUUUUCAUACAGAAUUAGUAUGUUCGGGUUAUCAAACCUAAUGAGUCAGAAUUUCGAACCUCGAAUAAAAAAAGUAAUUAAGUCAAAAAUUGGUCCCAGAAACUUUUUUUCCAUAUAUAUUUAUUUUGAUUUUUUUGUGUAUUUUGAUUUUACAAAAUUUCCAAAAAUUUGAAAUCCUUUUUAAAAAGAAAAAGAUUGGAAAAACUAGAAAAAAAUUGAGAUAUAAUAAAAAGGAUUUUUUUGAUCGUUAACCAGCAUGAAGAUCUCUUCAAUGUUGGUCGACGGCUGAAAACAAACAAGGAUAGAUAGGUUGGCGCGCGGAAAGAGAAUACAGAUUGGCGCAGCAGAGGCUCUCCGGAAAGACUUCUCUUUUUUUUCGCCUCAUAUGAACCUGGCUUUUCGCGCUUCUUCUAUUUCUUUGAAUGUGGAAAACACUUUCGAAGAAAAUCUUAAAAGUAGCAACAUGCACAACUCGCUUAUUUGCAAGAAAGCAAUUUUCAAUGUUUCUAAGGGCGCAGUUUUGAAAAAAGUUGACAUAGUUUUGUUUUUUUUUUUUUGGAAAAUCGUGCAAGUUGAUACUUUCACUACUUUCCUAUGGGCUUUUUUUAAAAGAGCUGAAAUCAUAGGUCAAGUGAACUCGUUUUUUAACCUGUUCAGUUUUUGUUGUCUUCUAUGCGUUUUCUGACAGAAUGGAAGUCUGCUAUUUUUAAAGUUUAGUCGUGAAAGAUCUUACUGAAGAAUUGUGACCGAAACAGCAUUGUGAAGAGCCAUCAUUAUCGCAUUCGUCCGUGGGAAUGCAUAUCCAACGCUGCGUCUCUGACUUCUAAGGGGCGGAGCCAUUGUCUCUGUCGCCCUAAGCUCUCGCCUUGGAGAAUACCCGCCCAUAGGCCGUUUUCCACUCACUUUGCCUUGGACCCUAUCGUCUAGUUAUGUAGUACCGGAGUAUUUCCUCUCAAACUCUUUUCGAGCCUUUCUCUCCCUAUGAUGACCGACUCAUUGAGCUUUUUCCCUUUUUUGAGCGAUGAAAUUAGAGCUUGAAUAUAUUAAUGUAAAAACUUUGCAUUAUCAAUUAUUGAAGUAAUGGAGUGGAAAAAUAUGUUUACGGUAUAUUAUGAAUGAGUUUUUGGGAAACGUAACUUCAAUGAGAAAUCAAAUGAAAAAUAAAUAAUGUUUCCAAUUUCGUGCCAAUGCGUUUCCAAGGCAACCAUACUUACGGUGUAACAGGGCGCACUCCAGUCUUAUCCACUGUGAAGUUCAUUUUCUUUUUGGAAUUUUUUUUUUUUAAUUUCAUUAUAUUUUGAAACAGUUUGGCGCCAUAUUUCAGUGGAUAAAAAAAAUGAGAUGGAUCUUUUAAUUAUAAAAAGUUGAACCAAUAUAGCAAGUUUGAUAUUCAAAAAAAACUGUUGCAAAAAGUAAGCGUUUUGUAUUUCGAAAACGUUGAGCUCCUUUUUUUUCUUGUAAAGAUUAGAAUAAAUCAAAUGGAAGGAAAUUAUUUUUGCCUUUUCAAGAGAGCAACACCAGCUUGUCUCAGUGUGAAUCCUUAGGCCUCCUAUAAAUCAAAUAUAACCGUCAGGAGUUCCAGUCGUGAACUUCUAGGUUUACUCGCGGUGAUAAAAUAUUUUUUUUUCAAAAACCGAUCCCUUGGUUUUGUCAGACGAAGGCACCGAAUGCAAAUUAUUGGAAGUUUGGUGCGUCACGCAGCGUUAAUUGCGACGUUGACGGUGCCGCCUGACAGUUUACCUUAAGUGGUAGUCGUUGAGUUUUUUUUUUCCUUUUUUUUGUAGUGUCGAGGUCGAGGUCGUAAAGCGAUCGUGUGUGUCUAGGUCUUGGCGAGUUUUCUGCGCUAUUUAUGUCAAUUCGAGACGCUGAAAGUGCACGAAGAGGUUGUUUCGUGCAGAGAGAAAAAGCUCACGCAAUAUGCCCUUCGGCCUUCCUCCAACUCCGUCUGCUUCCUCCUUUUCCCCUUUUUGGAAGGUUUUUAAGUGUUGAACUAUUGAAGGGAAGGAAAAUGCGGAGCUCACACGAGGAGUACACUAAUUUCCAAUUUUCAACUUGAAGCCGGGUUGCUCUUUGAUUGAAUUCCAAUCUCGAAUGAGAAUUUGAAAGAUAUAUGCUCUUGAAAUGAGGUUCUACAACUCUAAAGAGCUCUGCCUUCCUCUCUGAAAACGGUACAAUUGAAUAUUUUCUAACAGUGUAACUCAAAAUGUAACUGAACUACCGUGACGAAAUUAUCUACUCUCUCUCUCGGUUUUUUACCCAGUUUCCAAAGUUGUCUAUGAGUAUUGAAGGAGCUCUUCCGUAAUUUGCCUGCGUUGAACUAGUAGGGUGAGGUCUUAGGGAGGCUUGGUUCUCGAUUAAUGAGAAUGCCCGACUGCACUUUUUGAUGCAGGAAGCUCACAGAAAAAAAAUAUUCGGGAAGAUUUUGCUUUCAUUAUAAGGAAUAAUACCUAGACUAUGAGAGACAAUGGUAAAAUUAUAUUCGUAAAGAAUAGGAAGAGCAGAACUUUCAAGAUUUUUUCAGAAGGAAAACGUUACAAGUGAGCAUUCUAUUAUUUUAAAACAGGAAUCCUGAAGUUUUCAAAUUUUAAUGUAAUACAUUUGCUAAUGAAAAAGUCUUUCGGCGGCGCUUUUUACCUCGAACGCUGCCGUCUCUACUCAUAUCAAGUUUCUUUUGCUCUCAGCGCUAAUGGUUCUUUGACCCAAAAGUCAAAUAAUUAUUUUUUUACCUUUACAAAAAAUGUUUACCUGGUUCCUUUUUGGAAACUGUAUAAUCAGGGAUUGAACUGCGAAAACUCGCGAUUUUUUUACCCUUUUUUUGUUAGUAAAAAAAGAUUCUUUUUAAGAAAUAGCUAAAAUGAAUAGAAGUAGAACACUUUUUUUCGGUUAAAUACUUUCCAUUUCUAACUAUCCCUGUUUAUUCAACACCCGUUUUCUCACGAAGUCUUUAUUUCCGAUUUCUUUUUUAUUGACGUCUUUUUUUCGCAGGCAAAUGAUGUGGACGCUGCGCUCGCCGAUUCUCAGCUGCCACGACCAAGUCAUGGAGGGCGUACCAACACAAGACAUGCUGGUAUUUUAUUUUUAUUAGAAAAAAAAAACUAAAUCCUUUGAAAAUGUGAGUUUGAAGUUUCUGCAGAAAACUCGGAUAAAAUAUUUUUUUCAAUAUGUUUUUUGAAAACUUUGACUAAAAACCUCUUUCAUUUUACGUUCAUUCCGAAAAAAAAAACAAAGUUGGAGUAAACGAAUUCCAAUUCUACCACCCUAUACUCUGUUUCAAUUUUUUUUUGUUUCGUUUCUGGUAACAGACCUUCUCUUCUGUUUACGGACUCGAGUCUCACAUUUCUGAACUUUUGCGGGUAACGAAAAACAGACCUUUCAUAUUUUUCUGAAAAUAUGAUUACAGAGGCUUACUUGAGACCUAGCGUUGUAAUGGUACUUCAAGGAGUUUUUUUUUCGUUUUUAAGAGCCACUGGUAGGAAACAUUUAUACGAAUAAUAAGUGAGGGUAAUAAGUUUCAUUAACCGCUAAGAAAACAAUCUGAACAGAUUUCAAGUUUUAUUUAACGGAUGAGAUUGAUAAUAUGGACAGGAGAACUUGCAAAUAAAGCCUCCAGGAUCAGAAUGAAUCUUUGAUUCAUUUGUCGUUCCGGGCUUUUAAACCCAAGAGCUCAUUUGAGCUAAGCAAAAAGUCGCAUUUCAAAAACUUUCCCAUUUUUCUCGGCAUGAAAGACGUGAGCUCCAACAGAGAUUGGUAGGACUUUGGAGGUGCGUUUUCUUUCUGCUUUUUGGCCAGUCGUUUCAUCUCGGUUUUGCUUCGUUCGCUUGAAUUACUACGAGGAGCUCAACUAUGGCCUACGGAAGAAUCGAUUUUCGUAUUUUUUUUCGCCGUAUAUUUUUUGUCCGCUGUGGCCUAGCGGCGCCGUUCUGUCUGAUGCUAAGCAUUUUUGGUUGCGGGCGCUGACAGUUUUCUACGUUGCUGUGUUCUCAACGGCGCUUUUUUUCCUUCUCUCGGGUUUGCCUCUUUUUCUUUUCAUCCUUCUUCUCUCUCAAGAGACUUUGUCAAUAUGAAUACUAACGGAUCGAGUUGAUAAUAAGAAGUUGCUGAACUUCGUUCGUUUUUUUUUCUUUGUUAGAGAUUGUUUCACGGUGUUUUCUAUUUUGUUUUUAGUUUUGGAUUUUUGAUCAGAAAACAUGAAGAAAAGAUGAUAGACAUUUCGGUCACUAAAAGCAAGUUGCGCCCAACAAUCGGCCUUUUUUUCAAAAAUUUGUAUUUGAAGUAAAGUACAGAUUUUAAAUCUUUGUUAUAUCCGUCUGCCUUUUAUAUAAAAAUGUCCUUGAAAACAAUGAAUAAAGGGUAGGGUGAAGGUCGACACCUAAUUGGUCCGCGGUUUUCGGGCUGAUUGUCGUCGGCGUAGAUUUCUGUUUUAUUAUUUCUUUUUUUUUUGCUCGUUUUAUGACAGGAACAGGUGGCGACGGACGGCGACAAAGGUGAGAUGAGGUUGUUGGUUGGUUGUCCUCUCGGAGGCGACUGGCAAUCUCUAACCAGUCAUCACUACCCACAGCCAGUCGAUGUCUGUUUGCGUGUUAAUUAAUGGAAUUCAGUUGCGAACGCCUCCUUUUAUGUUUUUGACAAUUAGUCUGCAAAGAAGCUUUGGUUUUUUUCAAAAUGUUUGGUCCACUUUUUCUUCUCGUGUCAGUCAAAGGUCGUAGGUAGUUAUUGAAGAAAAUAAGAUCACUUUAUCUAGAAUUUUCGGAAAAUUGAAUAAAGGAAAGAUUUUUGAUGUGUCAGAGAAAGUUCUAACAGACCUAGAUUUUUUGAGAAUUGACGCCUUGAAUUUUUUGUUGAUUGGAGAGUUUCUAGAAAAGCAAUUUUUGAGUUCUCAUGAUAAAUAGAAUUUCGUGCAGGUUUGGGCUCAGAGAAAAUUAGUCUGAAAAAGGAAAUAGUUUUUCAAAGAAGUUUUCAAAUAAGUACACACCAAUUGUUACUUUUUUAAUGUGAUAUUUUUUAAACAAAAAGAUUGCUGAAUAAUUGUAUCACGUUUGAAAUUUGCGGCUCCUUGAAUUAUGAUUCGAGAGUACCGAAAAUUGGUUAUUAUACCUCGUUGCGAGAGAAGGCGUAAUUCGAUUCACAUCUUCUCCUAUCGUCUCUCGUCUCGCGCCGGCCACGGCUCGUUUGCUGCUCAUCGCUCGGUCGGCUGGUUUCGAGGGCUGACGAGAAGGAAACCUUCUUUCUUGCUCUCCCUCUCUUUUCUCUUUCAACACUUUUCCCACUUCUCCUGUGCGGAAAAUGCCUUUUUGGGUCUCCUUAGAAAAGUUGUAGCGGGGAAGCUUCGAAUUUGAGAAGAAGAAUGAGACUUUUUGUUAAGUUUUUUAGAGUUUUGAUAAAGUUUUCAGUUAUUAUUGAAAGAGAAAGGAGAAAGCUAUUGGUUUUGGUCGCAUAAAAGCGGUCAGCUCUCCGAACUUGAGAAUAUUUUAAGGAAAAAUGAGAAAAACUAUAUUUGUGAACGCGGAAAAAAAGAUCCAAGAACGUCGUUCAUACGUCCUUAAUCCCUAGCGCCUUAAUCCUCCUCACCCAAACCUUAUGAAUGAAUGAAUGCGACAUAAACGAGAGGCUGGCUGGCUGUAGUCAAUGACCUCAAUCGUGAUUUUUUCUUUCUUCUUCUUCUUCGUCCCGAAUCGAUUUUUCUCCUUUUGUUCGUGUCACUUGGGGUGGCGAGUCCGUGUUUGCGUGUGCCUUUGAUGACAGCAAAUACCAUAUUCCACCAAAUGCAAAUGCAAAGAAAGAAAUUUGCACAUCUCUUCUUUCUAUACGAUCGUAGACGGGUGCAUUUUUUGACGAUGUGUUGAGAUAGUUCAUGAAAGAGCUCCAAUUUUCUUGUUGGAAAUUAUUUGGCAUAAUUAGGUUAAAACUCUCGAAGUAGAUUGUUUUGGUAAGAAAAAAGUUGUCAACUUAGAUUAUUAAAAGAAGCUCAUUAUAAUACUGUUGAGGAAUUUUCAAGAAACUAGAAAAAAAACGUUCUUAAAAACAUGUGACGUUUGAACUACAGCUGCAGACACAAUUCGAAAAAAAAAUAUUUUGAAAUCAUUUAGUCCGCGUUUACAUUAGUUUUGAACAGCAAAGUUUUUUUCGACUCGCAAGGGCUCAUAAAACAACAGCGCCCAAUUAUGUGCUGAAUGAAGUUGGUUUUGCCUGCCCUGUGUAACAAAAGCUCUUUCUUUCCUUUUUUUUUUUCUUGGUUGAGACCUGAAUGGAAGAGAAGUGAGGGAAAAAAAUAAAAAAAGUUCAAAAAGAAGAAAAUAGCCGAAUAUCAUAAAUAUUGAUAAUUUUAACACCGUCCACGCAUUUUCAGGUGAUUCUAGAAUUAAUCAGAAACUUUUAAGGCACUUCUGGCUUGCGUUCCCAGUGUCUGAGCUAGAAGAAAAUUUUCUAAAGUCCAAAUUUACACUUACCCUAUGUUUCUGGUAGAUUUUCUGCUCUUGAGCUGGACUCAAAAGAUUCGACUUGGUUAAAAGAGCUCAUUGUCAUUAUCGUUGCGCGACUUCCGGAAGCUGUGAUAGACGUUCCCGCGGGAGCACGCCUUGAUCAAUGAGAUGUAGAAACAUCUGGCCAACUCCUUUUUUUCUCCUUUUCAUGCCUUUUGCGUCAUUGAUCUGUAGAGGAGCAAAUGGCGACUGCAAAUCAAGAUUUCGCAAUGAUGGGCCAUCCGUCCGUUUUUGGUGCAAUGCAUCUGCCGUGUAGAAAAGGCAGGAAAAAGGGCCAACGGUGUUGGAAGAAAAUAUUUUGAAAAAAAAAUAAGUAGUGAUAAUAUCAUUGAUGACUUAUUUUUUUCCCGAUAUUUUUUUCUGUUUAACUAUGAAGUUUUGUGGUUAUUCAGAAGAAAUAAGCAGUGGAGGCUGUAUGCACCAAUUAAUAAUAUCGAAUAAAGUUUUAAAAAAGGCUUUCAAUAUUCAUUGUAACUGAAACUAUCAGGUUACAGCAUUUUAAUGAAAAAAACCUCUUUCAACUCAGCGGGAUAAUACAUGUGUUUCAUUUGAUAGUAAAUAAAGUUUUUUUCGUUGCAGGUAAUGAUGGAAUUGGACGCAGCGUCGAUCGUCGAGCUGGAAUUGCAUCAUCCGAAUCAGCAUGAGGUGCGGGCGUCAAUUCUUUUUUUUUUCUUUUCGAAAUUAUUCGCAAGGCACAGUUUUUGCAUUUCCUAUUUGUUCUUUGCGCUGCUAUUGGCCUCAGUUUUUGAAAUAGAAAAUAACACUUUGGUCACUGUUUCGACGGCGCUUAUUCAUCAUCUCGUUAUCUUUUUUUUCUUGUCUUUUCCUUCCUUUCUCAGUUGCCUUCCUUUACAAUGCCCCACUUUUGUGCACUUUGUGACGUCAGACAGCCAAGAUGUGAUGAGUUCGAGGUGAAUUUUUUGGGGUAAAUCCUUCAAAGUAAGCUCAACUCAUUGUUAAUAUGUUACAGAAAAUGAGCUAUUUAUAGUCGAGUUUAACUAAGUUUUGAAUUUUUGAAAAUGAAAAGUUAGCGUUUUAACGUUUGAGGAGUGCUUUUUGUUCAUCAAUCAGCCAGAAUACAUAUUUUCUAUGUAAUUUCCUGAUUUUUUUAACGACCAUAUUUCGUAACAAUUGUGAAAUAUUUGCUCAGAUAGAGGUAAAAUGAUGUCUUUUUUUGGUUUGAUUUUUUUGAUUUUUUUUUUAAAUCCAAUCAAGGGAUUCCUCUGGAGGGACGAACACAAAUGACACUUUUUGUGCGAUCCAUGAAUGCGAUAUCGCCAUUGAGAUUCGAAUCUUGGGCUGGAACUCAUAAUCGAUAGUUUUAGAGGAAAUUUCAUGCUGAACUUUCAAUGAACGUUUAAGUGCCGAAGAUUUUCAUUUGCAAACAUAUUUAUGAUUUCCAGGGCCAAGUAACCUUUAAAUAUACCGUAGUGAAAAUGAAAUUAUGCUUAGCGAACUUUUGAAAACUUAUUUAAUUUAUACAGUUUUAAGGUUUCAAUGCAACAACUCUCCAACUUGAAACAAAUCGCUCGGAAGCUGUGUGACGAAAACGAGAUUGAUCUGGAUCUGCUCAUCAAGCAAGUCGUCACCGGCAAUCAGGUUCGAAUUGAAGAAUUUUUGCUCCAAAAUGAUCCAAUUUGUUUAACUUCGCUUACACAAAAGUGGAGCUAUUUUCAUUGAUGCGAGAGAGGGAUUCAUAACCUCAGAGAGAAAACUACUUUGUUUUUUUAAGAUUCAUUCCCAAUAUUUUAGGUGAUUGUGGAAAGUGCGGACCCAUCACUGUGUCGUCAGUUUUUACUGGCCGUCUCGAACCUUUUACCCAUCGGAUGUCUCAAACUCAGCACCUACAAAGAAUACUACACGCAGGAGUCGAUGUUGGUUGUUUUUUUUUCUCAGUUUCUGCUUUCAACUCUUGAAUCUGCUGACUCCAGAACAAAAACUUCGAGAAAUACUUGAAAGUUAUGUUCUUCAAAUAUGAGUCUGAUAAGUUUAGUCACCGAUUCACGCUGAUUGGGGGUCCUCCGAACAUGGACAUCCCACUCGAUCUGGACGAUGUUUUGGUGUUGUGCAUCAUUUCAAACGGCAUGAUCUAUGGCGACGAGAAUGUCUCCUUACGUGGGUGUCGCAUACAGGUUGGAAUUAUCUCUUUGAACUUUUACAGAUCUUCUUUGCCAUUUUCUGAAUUCAUUCUUAUUUUUUCAAAAAGCAAUCUAUAAAUAUUAUUUUCCAGGUGAAACGUCGACCUGCGCUGCUGGAGAAGUGCCCACAAAUAGUGGGUCGUUACAAGAAGCUGUUGCUCGACAGCGAAGUCGUCGACACGGUGUUGGAGACGACGUUGAGGUCGACGCGCGAGUUCUGGAUGGGCAAGGCGAAGCUCUUCUACCAGAUGCAGAAGCAGAUCAGCCAGGCCGGCAGGACUGAACUCAUGCGUUUCAUCAAGGGUAUCAACAACGAGGUGAAUCGCUCGGGCUGCUUAAGUAGAAAUGUUGAUAAUAAUAAUGGACCCAUUCGCAGAGCAGGGUGAACUGUAAUGAUCUAAAAUUUAAAAAAAAAAAGACGGGAUAACACGGGCUCCUUGCUGAAUUGAUAUGAAAAACUCGUUUGAAGGUAGAUUUACUAGUGGACUUUUCAAAAACUAGGGACGGUGGCUGAGAUUUAUAAGUCCUUCCAAGUAGGAAUGGAGAUUGAAAACUGACUUUGAGGACAUAAUCGAAGUUUUAUCCUAGUCGCAGCGAAAUGAGACUUUUCAGAAAAUAAACAUUUUUUACUUUUGAAAUUUCAUUCCCUUUUUCACAACGAAAAACAUUUAAUUUUUAAUUUUUGGUUGGUCAACAUGCAACUUUCUUUACUUGCAGGACUUUGACGUAGUGAGUUUCUGGCAAGAAGGGCUCUCAAAAGCGUACAAGGAUCAUGUUUUGGCGACCAUCGAGUACCCCGACGAACACAGUGUCCUCGGCUGA